AUACAGGCCCAAAUGGAGGCAGAGGCCUGGAAACUGGAGAAAAUAAAAUGGGAGCAUGAGGAAAGGGAGCGUGAAGAAGAGGAAAUUAGAACUAGAUAUUCAUGCUCUCAAUCAGAGGAAAAUGCUGUGGAGGCAGCAGCUCUUGUGUCUCAGCGUGCUGUAAACCCCAGAGAGUUUUUCAGACAACUGUCCUCCUCAAGUGUCCACAUAGCCUCCCAUCCCAGCUCCACAUGUCCAGCCAGGAGUCCCUAUAGGCGACUGCAUCGAAGUCAGACAGACAAUAUCUUCAGUUUCAAUGAAUCACCUUCUUCUACACCUACUUCCCCAUUCAGAUCAUCAGUGGUAUCGCCUUACUUUCCGUCGACUCCCACAUCCCGGAGCCCAAUCCUUUUCGCUAGCACUACAGCUUCCUCGCUGCCGAAUGGUGCAAUGGUAUCUACCAAAAGCCAGAUCCAGCAAUCUAAGAUGAUGGAGCCACGGCUCCAAACUCAACCAUCACCUACAACCGAAGCCACUGAAUCUGAAAUCAAAACUCCUGUCAGUGAUAUACUAGACAGUCUGGUCUUUUAUCCACCUCCACCAACCCCUGAACAGCUCCAACCAGAUGAAUCAGAGGUAGCCGAUGAGUUUCCUCCACCUCCCCCUGGUUUUGAGAAUUCACCAGAACCAUCUGUGGGCCAGCCUGAGACACUUGAUGACCCCUUAGACCCUCUUCUUCCUCCAUCAUGUGUUUUGGUACCUGAACCACCCGCCAGACCACUUCCUGCUCUGUCUGUUGCUCCACGAACGCUGAACGACCUGGAACCGGGGAGGGAUUUUACUGCUUGGGCAUCGGGUAUAUCUAUGGUUGAGGAGGAGGAGGAUGAAGGGAAUGAAGCAAAAGAGAUGAAAUAUGAGGGGAAAGGUGCAACUGAAGAGAUGUAUGGAGAGCGAGGGGGGCAUGAAGAAGAGAAGGGAGGUGGAGAAGAGAGAGCUGAAACUGGAGAGAUGAAAAACAGGGGACAGGAAGAACACGAUGGGAUGACUAUGGAAAAUCAUGAAAGUGAAAAAGAAUCUAAUGGUAAAAUGAUGGAGAAAUAUGAGAGUGGAAAAGAACAAGAUGGUAAAAUGUUGGAAGAAUGUGAGAGUGAAGAAAAACAAGAUGGAAAUAUUAUGGAAGAACGUGAGAGGGAAGAAGAUCAAGUUGGGGAGAUUGUGGAAGAAUUUGAGAGUGGGAAAAUUAUAGAGGAAAAAGAAAGUGAAAAAGAUGGGAAAGAUUUGGAAAAACAUGAGCAAGAUGGGAAAAUUGUGGAUGCAUUUGACAGUGAAAAAGAUGAGAAAAGCAUGGAAAUAUCUGAAACUGAAAUGAAACGAUAUGCAAAAAUGAUGGAAAAAUGUGGGCAAGAAACUGAACAAAAUAGGAAAAUGAAAGAAAAAUGUGAUGAAGAACAUGACAAUGAAAAUGAACAAGCUGGUAAAAUUAUGAAAGAACAUGAGGUUGAUAAAAUACAAGAUGGGGGCAUCAUGGAAGAACAUGAAUGUGAAAAAGAACAAGACUGGAAAAUUAAUGAAGAAUUUAAGAGUGAACAAAUACAAUAUGCAAAAAUUAUGGAAGAAUGUGGGCAAGAUGGGAAAACUGUAGAAAAAUGUGAGGAAGAACAUAAGAGGGAAAAAGAAAUUGAUAGAAAAAUAAUGGAAGAAGAUGGAAAAAAAGGAAAUCAAGAUGGAAAAACUGUGGAUGCAUUUGACAGUGAAAAAGAACAGGAUGAGACAAGCAUGGAAGGAUUUGAGACUGAAGAAAUACAUAAAUGUGAAGAAGAACAUGAGAUUGAAAAAGAACAGAACCGGAAAACGAUAGAAGACUGUGAGAGUGAAAAAAUACAAGAUGGAGACAUAGAAGAACAUGAACGUGAAAAAGAAGAUGGCUGGAAAGUAGUGGAAGGAUUUGAGACCGAAAAAAUACAAUAUGUGAAAAUUAUGGAAGAAUGUGGGCAAGAAAAUGAGCAAGAUGGGAAAAUUGUAGAAAGAUGUGAAAAACAUGAGAGUGAAAAAGAACAAGAGAGGAAAAUUGUAGAAAAUCAUGAAAAUGAGAAAAGUCUGACAGAACAUGAGAGCGAAAAUGAACAGGAUUGGAAAAUUAUAGAAGACUGUGGGAUUGAAAAAAUACAUGAUGGAGAAUUCAUAGAAGAACAUGAAGGUGAAAAAGAGGAUUGGAAAGUAUUUGAGACUGAAAAAAUUAUGGAGGUAUGUGGGCAAGAAAAUGAGCAAGAUGGAAAAAAUGUAGAAAAAUGUGAGGAAGAACAUGAGAGUGAAAAAGAAGAUGAUGUUGAAGAACAAGAUGGUAGAAGGUUGGAAGAACAGGAUUGGAAAAUUAAGGAAGUGUUUGAAAGUGAAAAAGAGCAAGAUUGUAAAAUUGGGGAAAGACGUGAAGAUGGGAAAAGUCUGGAAGAACAUGAGGGUGAAAAAGAACAGAAUCAGAAAAUGACAGAAAACUGUGAGAGUGAAAAAAUACAAUAUGGGAACAUCAUGGAUGAACAUGAAUGUGAAAACAAACAAGAUGGGAUGACAGAAAACCAACAGGACAGACAGAACCAAGACAAUGAACGAAUGUCACAUGUGGAUGUAGACAGAGCAGUGAACGUGACUGUGCUCAGGAAGGAAGAAUCAUACACAGAAAUAAUAAAGAAGAAUGAGGCGACAGAAGUAGGUGAUGAAAAUGAGAAGGAACAGAUGGACACACCUUUAAUCCAGACAGAGGAGGCUGAUGCAGUUUUUUCCCAGCAUGCUCCACUCUUUCAAGAAUCCCAUGCUACAGAGCCAUCUCAAAUCAAUGACGCAUGUAUUCCUGAAAUCAUUUCAACCACUCAAGAUAAAAACGAGCCACAGAUGAGCUCAACUGAUACCUUACCCCAAAUAAACUUACCAACCAUUCAGGUCGAGACAGAUCUUUCUAGUUUGAGCAAUCAAGGAGAUUCAGACAUGAAAGAAAAGACUGAAUCUGUCGACUCUCAGGCUUCCUCAGAGACCUCCAAGAACAGCCCAGACGCCACAUCAGCAGAACAGACUCCUGACACAGAAACAUGUGCUACAGUGGAGGAUGAACAGACAGAAAUGCUUCAACAGGAUAAAAUUGUGGACAGCAGCAAUGAUUUGGCUGAGGGGAUCAAUACUGAGUGCAAGACAUCACCUAUAGCUGAGAAUCAAGCCAGGACUGGACAGUCAGAUACUGCAAUGGACCUAAAAUGCAGUAUUACUCAUCAGCUGGAUCCGACUAAUGACAUAAGUGAUCUUGAAGUGGGAGAAGAGCCUAUAUCACUCCUAGCCAGUGACACAGAUGUGGAGCAGAACUUAAAGUGUAAUUCUGACCCUGAUCAAGUGAAUAAAGACUUUAAACAUAAAAUUAUGGAGAACUGCGAAACCAUCGCGGAAACACCCAACAACAUGAGGAAUGAUAAGAUAGCCGAUGAAAAGUGAAGAACAUAAUUGGAGACAUCAUGGGAACUCUGUAGCAAUCGUAGAGGAGCCCGUUUAUAGAAAUAUGACCAACAGAUGUUUCUCUCAACCAAUUACUGGAGGCCUUUCAGUGAUUUUCUCAUAAAUUAUUCUCAUAUGUGCACAAUUAUGCAAUAUAUGUAAGUAGCACAUGUUCAGAACUGCGUCCACAAAUGCACUCGUUAUACAAUGGGCUCCAAACGUUUGAGACCCCACUGAAAAUUGGAAAACUGUAUAAAAAAUUUUAAAAAUUCGUAAGAAUAUAAAACAGAAAACAACAUUAUGAUGUAAAAUACAGAAGCCAUAUUUCUCAAAUCAGGCUGGAGAAUGUGAUCAUCACGACACGCCAAAAACUGAGACAUCAUAAAUUCAUUUUUUCCAUUCAGCUUUUCACUCAAAUUGUUAUAUUGAUAAUUAAUUGUUUUAUAUAUAAAUGCGCUAUAUUAUAAAAGAAGCAUUUUCACAAGUGG